AUGACCAUUGAGAAUGAAGACUUGAGCUACUUGACGGAUGUCUUUACUCCCGAUAUAACUAUGGAAGAGCUGGUUAAAAACGGAUGCUCGGAGCUUGAGAUGAGACUGCAAGAAAGCGAUACAUCGAUGCUGAGUGAAGGUUCCUCAAUUUUGCCUUCUGCUCAAGAAAAUGGUAGAAGUGGAAAGUUGCAUAUCACCCUGGACUUGGGUGGAAGUUUUGCCAAGAUGGGAUUCGUCAACGCUGCAGAUUUGCAGGUCUUGAAUUGUGCCAGCAUGGCUAUUCAUGCAGUUUCCGUAAACAUCGACUUUUUUAAGUUCAUUGUUCAAUGGAUAUGCCGGCGGGCGGAUAAAUUUCUUCGUGAAGGUAGAAUUGAACCUUCCACCGUGAUUUUUGAGCUCGGCGUUACGUUUGGAUUUCCUUUGACUACUAAUGGGCAAAUUACAACUAUGGGCAAAGGUUUCCAGCUGAGUGAUGAAAUAAGGUCCGUGAAAAUUACAGAGCUUCUGCAACGGCUUUUUCGAGAAGUACAAAGAGAAGUAGGCUAUCGUUAUGAAGUCAGAGUACGGGGCAUUGUCAACGAUAGCGUAGCCGUGUACUUGGCCAACGCUGCGACCCAAAGAGGCAAUGACGUAUCGCUGAUCUUGGGAACUGGUAUCAAUGCGUGUUUCUCGCUGGCCAGUGACCGGGUCCCCUCUCGUAAAUGCUCAGAAAAAAGGACGCAUGGUGCUGCAGCGCAUCUAAUAAAUUCCGAAAUCGGGUUUUUGGGGAAGGACUUUAUCAAGCUGUCCGAGUUUGAUCCUAAAGACGAAACUCUCUUCAUGCCUCUUGAAUACGUUACGGCAGGUAAAUGGAUCCCUCUCACACUCCAAAAAAUCAUUUUCAGAUAUAACUUGGUAUCGAAGGUUGCCAAAAACCUGGAAUUUGACGGGAAGCUUAUAUGCGAGAUACUGAAGGGCUCUACUCUCACAGUGUUUGGAGAUUACCAACCAGUCAUUGAAGCCUUAACAUUCAUGCUGAUUGAAAGAGCGGCAUUUUAUGCUACAGGGGCUAUUUUAAGCAUUUUGAAAUUCACCAAUAACGACAUGCUUCAAGUAGUACGCGUUGGGUACGCUGGAUCGUUUCUUAGAAAUUGUCCGGUAUACAAAGAUCUGAUAAACAAGUUUAGCGGUGGCAAAAUUGAGCUGGAGUUUUUGGAACACAGCAAUUUAAUCGGAGCCCAUGUAAAUUCAUCUCGCUGA